UAUGAGAAUAGAACCAUUUUCACUGCUUCUGCUGAUGGCACUAUUUUGUGUGCCUGGGCAGUUUCGAAGGAUUUGGGGCAGGAAUGGUCCCCUCUACGAGUCCACAAAGCAGCUUAUAUCCAGCGAGAGUUUCAAGGCCGCCGCCAUCUGGAACCGCACCCAGGAGGCCAUCUACGACCAUACCGAGCGACUGCAACUGGCCCUAAACACUCUCGACGAGCAGCAGCGCCAGGCGAGUGCCCGCCUGGAGCGAUUCUUUGGCAGUCAGUACAGCGCAGAGUGGCGGGCGUGCUCCAAGAAGCACGAGCUCCAGGUGGCCCACUUCAACCGGGAGCUGGUGGACAAGUACAGCAUCUGCCGGAACUCCCUGGACAACAUCAUGGUUCACUUUGAGCAGGAGAUCGUACUCGAGGCCAGCUUCUUGGGGAGGGCUUCGCAAGAGAUCGAGGCAAUAGCCAAGACCUGCAAGACUUGGCAGCUGAAGCAGGCUGGUCUCAACCACGCCGGAGUCCUGCUCUGCACGGUGUCUGGGAUUGGGGCCAUCAGGCAGCGUUUGGCCAGAUGCCUGGAGCUCUGUGACGAUAUCCUGCUGGAGAUGGAGACGGAGGAUCUGGACACACCGAGUUGCCUCUUUUACCAUCAUUUGAAAAUGGAGUUUGAUGAGGUCUUUGCUCAGAUCGAGGAGUGUGCAGUGGUUUAGGGAAAACCAAAUAAAGUUUAA